UUGACAGUAUAAGGAACAAGGAAAAACUAAUAUUCACGUUGAUUAUACAAGCUUCUAAUGUCUGGGAGUGGCAAAAAAUAAAAAAAUAAAAUAUAAAGACACGAACGCCGCUGCCUCGGGUAUGUCAACAAACUGUGGACGUAGAGUGCUGAGGCGAGGCUCUCAGCAGCACUUUACAGCACAGCACAGCCUCAGCAUAGCCUCAGCACAGCAUAAAUAUAAUAACAGGCGAGGCACAGGAAGAUUAAAGGAGCCAGAGUUAAGCAGGAAGGGAAGGGCGUGUCACCUGGCUAUGGAAGCAGAGUUCGAUCUUGUCUAUUACGUGCUGGUGGUGCCGCUGACCUUCCUUGUGGUGCUUCUGCUGCUGUAUGUGCGCUGGCUGGGCUGGGAACUCUACACCAACAACUGAGCAAUCCUCCAGCACCCUUAGAGAAUACCAGCCACUUCUGUCACCCACACCCACCACCACUGCAGCUGCAUCCAUUAUCACCCACAGACAAGAGCAGCUACACCUGUCACCCAUGCGUUGCUGUAUUGUAUUAAAGUAUUGAAGCAUAUCAAGGAGAAAAUGCAAAAGAUGAAUUGUUUAUGGAAAGUUUGACGAAGAAUGAAUUGUUAACUGAAAAUAAGUAAAAAGUUUAAUAAAGAAUAAAUUGAUAGCUGAAAAGAAAUGAAAACUUUGACAUGGAAUUGAUCAUUAACCAAAAAAAAAUGCAAUUUGUGUUUAUGAAUUUUUACACAAGUGAAGGAUAAUUAAGUGCAGUGCGUGUGAUGGAUCAGGUGAGGGGGGCCAGCACACCUGUCGCUUCCUUAAUGAGGUGAGGAAGACAGGUGUAACACCCUGCCCCCUCAACCUCACCCUGUGCAUGGGGGUGACAGGGCGACAUGGCACAGCAGACUGCAGCCCCUCCCCUUCUCCCCCACGAUAAGGGUGACAUUCCCCUGUGUCAGCCCUUCCCCCUUCCACCCCAGCAUCCCCAGCCCCCCCUCCCACCCCCCCGUGUGAGGAUAAUGAGACCAGGGGUGGGGAGGAGGCAGGACCUCCCCUCCCUCCCCCUUCCUCCCCUCCCCUCAGAGUUUGUGGAUGUGGGCCCAGCACUUCCCCCUUCCUCCCUAUGCCCCCCCACCCCUACCCACCCCCCACCAGCCACAGCAGUGAGGGCCAGGGUGAUAGGGGUGCCAGGGGGGGUAGGGCAUGGGGGAGGGGGCAUCCAGGUCCCAGCGGAGGUCCCUCCACCCCCUCCACAGGUCCUGACAGGGGGGGAAGGUGGGGCGCUGGUGCUGGGGGGUGACGACUUGCCGCAGUGCGUGGUGCUGGACUUACAGGGGAAUGUGGUGGUGCAGGAACCCCCACCCCCACACACCCCUGCCCCCCCACACCAGUCAGCUCCCCCAGCUCCCCCUUACCUGGUGGAUCAGCCCAUACUGGUACAGGUGGGGCAUGGGGCGACACAGACACGUGCUGGUGGUGGUGCUGGCGGCAACAUACUGGGGAGCUACACUGAGAUUGCCCAGGGGAAGAGGGGGGUGGAGAGAGAGAGUCAGGUGGGUGGCGGAAGCAUAAAACUGACAAACGGAGUGACGAAGGCGGAAUUCGAACCACGGUGGAGCUUUCGAGGGAUGGAAGUGAAGGUGGAUCAGAUUCCCUCUGCCCCCUUACCUCCUCCUCCCCCACCCCCACCCACGGAGGACUCUGCAGGGGAGGAGGAGGAGGACCAUGGGGAGGAGAUGGGGCGGCCUCGGAGGAAGUCAGCGAAACGGGCACGACAGAGGUGGAAGAGCAUCAGUGAGGUGGAGGGAGGGCGGGGCACGGGAGGGCGGAGCAGGAGGCCCACCCCCGCCCCACCCCGCCCCAGGAUAAAGGCCAAGGGGGAGGAUGUGGAGGAAGCCCCAGUAGCAGCAGGAGUGGGUAUAGAAGUGGCAACGGCUGAGGCUGGUGAGGACGAGGAGCUUCCGGUGUGGGCGCGUCGGCUGUCCUCCGUGCGGGUGCUGGAGGGGAAGUGGGUGGUGGGCGUGGCGGCUACCAAUGAAGUGUUGCAGGAGACGCUUGAGGCACAUUCCCGCAGUGUGUUGUGCGACUAUAUCAAGAGCCACCCGAGCAGCCUGGAGCAGCGCCACAAGACCAAGUGCCAGGCCAGUCGCAUCAUGUGGCACCACCAGCGGGUAUCAUUCGACGGCGUGCCCUUCACCAUCCUCUCCUCCAACGACCUCAAGUGUGCCUUCGCCAUGAACUACAAGCUGAAGAGAAAAAACAAAGGAAGUGGAGAGAAUAACACGGAACAGAAGGGAGAGAUGAUUGGAGACUUUGGAGGAGGAGGAGGAGGAGGAGGAGGAGCUAGGGGUGGUGGUGAAGACUAUCAUCAUCAACAGCAUCAGCAACAGCAACCAACAGGCAACAACCACCACCAUCACCACUCAUCUCCACCACCACCACCAGCCUCCAGCGAGCAGCCCAAGAGGAAGUACAAAGACAUCUGGUUCACCUCCUGCCCCGCCCGCAUCACCGUCAAGGUCAUAGUCAAGUACCCGGGGUUUGCUGUGAGUCCCGGGGCUCUGGCGGGGGAGCGCAAGGCCGUCAUGAAGGCCCUGCGGCGGGAGCUUGUCCAGGGUGGUUCACCCCAGCGGGAGGAGCUGUUCCACGUGACGCUGCCGCUGCGCCGCCUCCACAAUCACCCGCUGCGUGGCCACUCGCGGGGCAUCCACCCCUCUGUGGAUGCUAAGGUGGUGGCGCUGCUGCGGGAGGGUAUCACCGCCCCCAAGGUGAUCCAGAGGCUGCUAGAGCGGCAUGUCGAGGCGACCAUGGCCAGUGACCCCGUGCCGCCCCACCCUGAGGACCGUGCCUUCCACCCGCGCCUCAAGGACGUGGCCAACCUCGUCUACACCCGCUGCAGACAGCUGGGCAUUGCCACCCGCCGCCGCCCCCCUGACCAGCCACCCCUCCACGCCCCACACAGGAAGCGGCGGCGGUCUAGGCGGCCCCGCGGGGAGGAUGGGGAAGGGGACGGGGAGGGUGAUGGGGAUGGGGAUGGGGAUGGGGGGUGUGAUGAUGCCUUGGGGGCCUCCACCCUGCAGGAGGCUGUCCAGACUUUCUGUACGGAGGAGUCUGAGCAGGGGAGUCUUGGGGAGGGGCGGGACAUGGGCCGGGGCACAGCAGGGGAGGUGGCGGGGUUGGCGGAGAUGGUGCGGGGCCAGCUGGACACACUGCGGGGCCUCACCUACACCCUGCAGGAGGUUGGGCCACUGCAGGAGGUGUACCAGGGGCUGCAGGGACUCAUCAGCCAAUAUGUGGCCCCAGCUGGCACUGGCACUGGCCUGGGGGGCGGGGCACUGGGUGAGGUGGCUCAGCCUACUGCCACCUUUAUUCUCCAGGACCCUGCCACAGUGGAUAACCUAGCCCUACCCCCCAGUGGCCCCUGUGUCGCCGAGGUGCCGGACCUGACCCUGCAGGACAAGGAUGGGGCAGACGGCACCAACAAGCCCCGGGGCACGGCGGGGCUCAGGCAGCUCAGGCCCCCGGUGGCCCUGCAGUGCCUCACCACAAGCAUGGUGCCAACCCUCGUGUCACAGCUGCCCCGAGCCCCAACCCAUGCCCCACCGCCCCAUGGAGUGGCCUCCCCUGCCCCUGCCCCACCCACCUACCAGACCCUGGCCCCCGUGGCUCAGGAUGGCAACCCCCCUGUCCACCUCUCCCUGCCACCCUACUUCUACUACGUGCAGGAGGUGACAGUGCCGGAGACAAGCCAGACGUGGACCUACAGCACCUCCUCCUAGCCAUCACCGCCCUCCCUCCACUCCCAUCGCCUCCCUUAGGCACCUCACCCCUUCCUCAGCACCCUCCUCUUCCCCCCUUAUUGAAGCCUCACUCCUUACCCUUCAUUCAUUCAUUUUCUUGCUACCUCACUUUCUUUUCAUUCUCAUUCUCUCAUAGCGUUUAUCCCUGAUAGUUGGGCUGAAAAUAGUGAAAUUUAGCAGAAACAACAAUAAAAGUAAUGAUUUUAAUAAUUGUAAUGAUAGUAAAUAGGAGCAAUGCUAAAUUGGAGGUGAAGAAAAAAAUAAGGGAUAGACUAUCUUAAAGAAAAAGAUUGGUGGCCAUAAACAAAUUUAUAGCUUAUAUCCAAAAAGAAUUCUACAAGUAAUGAUAGUGAAAAUUAUUGCUGGGGGUAAAAAUAUUUUGGGUAAUGAAAUUGGCCCCCAAAGUAUGGUAUUUUGUGCUGGCAUUUAAUUAUUAUGCUUUCUCAUUUGUAUUGAAAGCAUGUUGAUCAAAAUGAUUUUUUUUACUUUUAUAUAUGUUUUCAGGGAGGCUCCUGUGACUUUACUUUGUGUGUGUGUGUGUGUGUGUGUGUGUGUGUGUGUGUGUGUGUGUGUGUGAGAGAGAGAGAGAGAGAGAGAGAGAGAGAGAGAGAGAGAGAGAGAGAGAGAGAGAGAGUCUAUCAUUAAGUGGUAGUGCCAUAGAUAUCACUGACUUAAUAAAUCAUAAUUGAAUCAUACAAUCAUACAUUCCUUACUCUAAAUAAGAUAUAAUUAGCAAUUUUUCAUGUCUGCUAACAAUGUUUUAUAGAUUUUAUAAUGCCAUAGUUGAAAACUGCAAUAAAUAUAUUUUUCACAA